UAUCAAUUUCCCUGGAAGAGGGGCACAAAUUAGGAAUACAAUCUCUUUGAAUCAAAGGGCUAUUUUGGUAGCGGAGGACCACAAGCGUCAAGUUGCGUGAGCUCUACUGAAGCCAUUUUACUUGUUGGACCUUUGGCCCCACAUUUCCAUGGCUGCUAAACAAUGCAUGACACGUGAGACGAUAAAUGCAGACCUGUCUGCCACGCCCGUUUGCAAAGGGAGGUGGGUGGGACCAGUUCGCCCUUUUCUAACGGAUGAAACUUCGCGUGAAAGACAAACAAGGCGGGGCCCAGAAGAUUGGUGGGGCUGUUUGUCUUUAUAUUAUUUAUUCUAAAAAGCUGACUCAGCAACUGAGUUGCCAAUUUGCCCAGCUUCUCUUCCUCUAUUUUAUUUCUUUUUGUUUUAUUUUUUUUCUUCUGCUCACCUUUUCCUUUCUUUUGGAUUGGAAGCAAACCCGUAAAUAGGCCCAUAGUUGCAAUUGUGGGUUUGGUGUUCAGAGCAACACUGGAUUUCAACCCAAAAGAAAGAUCCACCAAAGAAAUUCCGAUCCGGGGUUUAUUGAGAGAGCGUUAAACCCUCAGAAGAAUCGCUCCUCACAUUUCCGUCGUCUCUGCAACAAACUUUAGUAUCGGAAGCAGCCAUGACUCCAGCACGGGCAAUCCUUGCAUCUCUCAGACUCUCCGACUCCCUCCUCUCGACCCGGCUUUACACAGCUCCGUCGCUUUUAACUCAGGUGACUCACUUUUCUCCUUUUCUCAUGGAGCAGUCCCGUUCUUUUUAUUAUUUCAAUAGCGAUCAAAAGGUGUACUUCUCGUCAAAACCAAGCUCUCUUGUAGAGCUCUUAUUGGCCAAUGACUGGUCCACUGAGUUGGAGAGUGAGUUACAGAACUCCAACCCCAUAUUGACCCAUGAAACUGUUAUUUUUGCUUUGAAGAAGUUAGAUAAAGACCCUGAUAAGGCGUGGGGUUUCUUUAAUUGGGCGUGUGAGAGAAACGGGUUUAAACCUAGUUCGCCUUCGUAUAGCAUGAUGCUUAGAAUAUUGGUUAAUAAGGAUUCUAUGAAGAACUUUUGGAUUAUAUUAAGGAAAAUGAAAGAACAAGGGUUUUAUAUCGAUGAGGAAACUUAUUUAACGAUUUCCGCUAUUUUUAAAAAGGAGAAGAUGAACAGCGAUGUGGUGGCUUUUAAACAUUUUUUUGAUAGAAUGGUUAAAGAAAAUGCUAUGGAUACUGUAGUGAAAAAUGUGGCUAUUGUUAUUUCUGAGAAGGAUUGGAGCAAUGAUGUUGAGAAAGAAUUGAGCGGGAUGGGAAUCGUGUUAACAGAUAAUUUUGUGAUAAGGGUAUUGAAAGAGCUUAGGAAUUAUCCUCGGAAAGCUUUGCAGUUUUUUCAUUGGGUUGGUAAGUGUGAGGGUUAUGAUUACAACACUAUUAUAUAUAAUGCCAUUAUGAGAGUACUUGGUAGGCAUGACUCAAUUGAGGAGUUUUGGAGUGUUCUUGAGGAGAUGAAGAAUGCUGGUCAUUAUAUGGAUAUUGACACUUACAUAAAGAUUUCUAGGCAGUUUCAGAAAAGCAAGAUGAUGGAGGAUGCAGUGAAGCUUUAUGAAUUUGUAAUGGAUGGCCCAUUUAAGCCCUCAGUUCAAGAUUGCAGCAUUCUUUUGCGGAGCAUCUCAUCAAGCGAAAACCCAGAUUUGGAUUUGGUUUCUAGAGUUGCAAAGAAAUUUGAGGCAACAGGGAAUUCACUUUCUAAAGCUGUUUAUGAUGGCAUACAUAGGUCCUUGACAAGCGCAGGGAAGUUUGAUGAAGCAAUAAACAUUAUGAAGGCUAUGAAAGAUGCAGGAUAUGAGCCUGACAACAUCACAUACAGUCAAUUCGUUUUUGGACUCUGUAAGGCAAGGAGAUUGGAAGAGGCAUGUGAGGUUCUGGACGAAAUGGAAGCACAUGGAUGUAUUCCAGAUACUAAGACCUGGACCAUUUUGAUUCAAGGGCAUUGUUCUGCUUCUCAAAUCGACAAGGCAUUGAUGUGUUUUGCGAAGAUGAUGGAGAAAAACUGUGAUGUUGAUGCUGAUGUGUUGGAUGUGCUAAUAAAUGCUUUUCUUAGUCAAAAGAGGAUAGAUGGUGCAUACACAUUGCUGAUAGAGAUGGUAAACAAGGCUCAUAUAAGACCUUGGCAAGCUACAUACAAACUUCUUAUAGAAAAGCUUCUAGAAGAGAGGAAACUUGAAGAAGCACUGAACCUUCUUCGUUUAAUGAAGCAACAGAACCACCCUCCAUAUCCUGAGCCAUAUGUUCUAUAUAUCUCCAAGUUUGGGACUGUGGAAGAUGCCACAGAUUUCUUCAAGGCAUUGAGUGUAAAGGAAUAUCCAUCAACUUCAGCUUACCUUCAUGUCUUCCAAUCAUUCUUCAAAGAAGGUAGACAUUCUGAGGCCAAAGAUCUGCUAUACAAGUGUCCUCAUCACAUUCGUAAACAUCCUAAAAUUUCUGAACUAUUUGGUUCUGCAAAAAGUGUAUAAACUACCGCUUGAUCUUAUUUUUCCAUUGCUUUAUCAUAACUUCCAAGGUAUUGCAAGCAGUUUAGGGCUGUGUCGUAAGCAUAGGAGGUAUCAGUGCUUCAAAUUCAUUCAACGGAGAGUUGAUCAAAUUAUUGAGGGAAUCUGUUCAUUUUCAUUCGUAAGAAUUCUUGUUAUUGGGUAAUGCCAAAGUUUUUGUAUAUUGGCCUGUCUAAAUUUCAGGAAAGAAACUGAAAACUGAAAAUUGUUGUUCUGUCACUUGCAGUCAUUAUCUUGUACAACUUUCACUGAGAAUCAAUGUAAAAUGCUCUGAAAAGAUUGAAAGAAAUAAGUUAUUGCUUCGGAC